AUGAAAAUAGUCAGCAGACUGAUAUUGGUGCAGCACUACGCAAUGGAAGAGAAAUCCUUUUUCAGAUCUCAGCUUUGUCAAGCGUAUGGUUUGACAGAACUAUGUCUACAGGCCUUUAAUUGGGAGUCUCAUAAACAUGAUUGGUGGAGAAAUUUAGAAAGGAAAGUUCCAGAUAUAGGAAGAUCUGGUUUUACGUCAGCAUGGUUGCCACCAGCAACCCAUUCCUUCGCACCUGAAGGUUACCUUCCGCAGAACCUAUAUUCCCUCAAUUCUAAGUAUGGAUCUGAGCACCUAUUAAAAGGUUUACUUCAGAAAAUGAAGCAACAUAAAGUUAGACCAAUGGCUGAUGUAGUCAUCAAUCAUCGUGUUGGAACUACCAAAGGGCAUGGUGGAAUGUACAACCGCUACGAUGGAAUUUCAUUGUCAUGGGAUGAACAUGCUGUCACAUCUUGUACCGGUGGAUUGGGUAACCGAAGCACUGGGGACAAUUUCCAUGGAGUUCCAAAUAUUGAUCACACCCAACUUUUUGUUCGAAAAGAUAUUACAGCAUGGCUACAGUGGCUACGUAAUAAUGUUGGUUUUCAGGAUUUUCGAUUUGAUUUUGCAAGGGGUUAUUCAGCAAAAUAUGUGAAAGAAUAUAUUGAAGGAGCAAAACCAAUUUUUUCUGUUGGGGAGUAUUGGGAUUCUUGUAACUACAAUGGUCAUGGCUUGGAUUACAACCAAGAUAGCCACAGACAGCGGAUAAUAAAUUGGAUUGAUGGAGCAGGACAGCUAUCAACUGCAUUUGAUUUCACAACCAAGGGAAUUCUUCAGGAAGCUGUUAAGGGACAAUUGUGGCGCCUACGUGACUCCCAAGGGAAGCCACCAGGUGUAAUUGGAUGGUGGCCUUCAAGAGCUGUCACAUUCCUAGAUAACCAUGAUACAGGCUCAACACAGGCUCAUUGGCCCUUCCCUUCAAAUCAUAUUAUGGAGGGUUAUGCAUAUAUACUCACGCACCCAGGAAUACCGUCAGUUUUCUACGAUCAUUUCUAUGAUUGGGGUGACUCCAUUCAUGAUCAGAUUGUGAAACUGAUUGACAUCAGGAAGCAUCAAGACAUUCAUAGCCGCUCAUCUAUAAGGAUCCUGGAGGCCCAGCCGAACCUCUACUCUGCUAUAAUAGGAGAGAAAGUGUGCAUGAAAAUUGGGGAUAGUUCAUGGUGCCCAACCGGUAGGGAGUGGACAAUGGCAACCUGUGGCCACAGAUAUGCUAUUUGGCACAAGUAA